AUGGAGGAUGAUGAGGACGGCGUGGCUGUAGUUGGGAUUGGAUGCAACUUCCCAGGAGGCGAGGGGCUGGAGAGUUUCUGGAGGGUCCUGUUGGAGGGAAAGAACUGUGUUGUGGAUAUUCCAGCAGAAAGGUUUGACACCGCUACUUGGCACGACUCUGAUGACAGCAAACCAGGAAAAAUACAGACAACCAAGGCAGCUCUGAUAGAAGGGUUUAAUGAGUUUGAUCACAGGUUUUUUGGCGUUUCUGAAGCUGAGGCUGAUUUCAUGGACCCUCAGCAGAAACUCCUGCUGCAGUGUACAUACAGAGCAUUAGAAGAUGCAGGGAUGUCACUGGAAGCCAUCAGUGGAAGCAGAACUGGAGUUUACAUCGGUCUCAUGAACAGAGAUUAUGAAAUGCUCAGAAGUAACAGUGCGUCCUCAAUAAACCACUACAAUGGAACUGGAACAGCGAUGAGCAUGGCGGCCAAUCGAGUUUCCUACACUUUUAACCUCACUGGCCCUUCUUUAUCCGUUGACAGCGCCUGUUCUUCCUCUUUGGUGGCUGUACAUUUAGCCUGCCAGGCUUUAAAACAAGGAGACUGUGAAAUGGCUCUGUGUGGAGGUGUGAGCUGCAUAAUAGAGCCAAGAGUGUUUAUCGCUCUCAGCAAGGCCAAGAUGAUCUCUCCAGAAGGAACCAGUAAACCCUUCUCCAGUAGAGCAGAUGGCUAUGGCAGAGGGGAGGGCUGUGGUCUAGUUCUCCUAAAACCUCUGAAAAAUGCUAUAAAAGACUGCAACAAAAUAUGGGGUAUCAUCAGCAAAACAGCCAUCAACCAAGAUGGCCACUUUGUAACUCCAAUCACCAAACCUUCCCCGUCACAACAAGAGGUCCUCCUGCGCAGAAUCUACUCAGAAUCUGAUCUUGCAAAUGUCCAGUACAUAGAGGCACACGGGACUGGAACCCCAGUUGGAGACCCAACAGAGGCAAGAAGCAUCUCAAACGUCAUUGCUAAAGCCAAAGCUCGUGGUUCAGAGACACUCCUCAUUGGAUCUGUGAAGGGCAACAUUGGACAUACAGAAUCGGCCGCUGGAGUGGCCGGACUCAUUAAGGUACUCUUAAUGAUGAAACAUGAGACUAUUGUUCCAACUGUUUUCUUCUCAGAAGAAAGUGCAAGCAUAGAUGUCAAAGCUCUGAGUUUAAGUAUUCCAUCUAAAACUGAAAAAUGGGAGAAAAAUGGGUUUUCGCAGAAGUUAGCUGGCAUCAGCAGCUUUGGGUUUGGUGGCACAAAUGCACAUGUGAUUGUGCGAGAGUACGAACAAACAAACGUCCCAACUAAUUCUCCAGAAAAUGGCCCCAAACUCUUCGUACUAUCUGCAGCUUCUGAGAAAUCAUAUGGCCUUCUGAUUGCUGAUACCAAACAGAGACUUAGGAGAAAUCAAACUGUUAACUUGCAUGUUUUGUCCUACACUUCAGCAUGCGGACGGACUCAUUCAAGACACAAAUACAGGAAGGCCUUCCUAGCAUCCUCCCUCUCAGAUCUAGAGUGUCAGUUGACAUCUGCCUUGAAAGCAAAGGCUGAGCCAACAAAGACAGACAUCCAGUUGGUCUUUGUGUUUUGUGGAAAUGGGGUUGCCUACAGGGGUAUGUGCAAGCAGCUUCUGGCAGAGUUCCCUGUUUUUAGAGACAAGGUCAGAGAAGUUCAGGAUCACUUCCAGAACCAUGAGAGCAUCAACAUCAGUCAGUGGCUCUCUGGUAGCAAUGACAGUGUUGAUUUCAGCAGGCCGGAUGUUGUACAGCCUCUUCUUUUUGCAAUUCAGGUUGGGAUUGCCGCUCUCCUAAAGCACUGGGGGGUCAUACCUGAUGCCGUGCUUGGGCACUCUGUUGGAGAGGUUGCUGCUGCUCACUGCUCUGGUGUUUUGUCCCUUGAGGAUGCUGUGAAAGUGUUGUACCACCGCAGUACUCUUCAGGCCGAGGUCACAGGGGGUAAAAUGCUUGCUGUUAGUAACGUAGCUGUGGAAAAGGUUCUGGAGAAUCUUUUGGACUUUUCUGGGGACAUUUGCGUCGCGGCAUACAACAGCCCUCAGUCUUGCACUCUGUCGGGGAAUGCAAACGCCAUCAACAUCCUCCAUCAGAGGCUGAAGACUGAGUUUGGAGAUGAAAAUAUCUUCCUCCAUGAGUUGGAUGUCCCUGCAGGAUACCACAGCCACAUGAUGGAUCCUGUUCUAAAAGCCAUCGAGGAGAAUAUUGAUCCCCUGGCUGCCAACAAGAAGGAGUGCAGACUUUAUUCUACUGUGACUGGAUACAGCUCUUCACAUGGUGACUUCAACACUGGCAGGUACUGGGCAAGGAACAUCCGAGAGCCUGUCUCAUUUGAACAAGCACUGCAAGCUGUCUCCAAAGAGGCAAAGAGAAAUAUGGUUUUUGUAGAGAUUGGACCACGUAGGACUCUUCAAAGAUACAUACACGAGACACUGGGGAAUAACACCGAGGUUCUUCCUUCUGUCCAGCCAAAAAGAGAUUAUGACACGAUCUUAUCUACUGUGGCAAAACUGUUUGAAAUGGGCAUCAAUGUGGAUUUGCCUCAGCUUUACAGUGGUGAUAAGAUAUUUCCCACAGCUUUCCCAGUCUAUCAGUUUGACAACACAAAAAACAAACUGGAUUUUGAAGCCAUGAGAAAAGAUUCAUGGGACGUUCCUCCCCAGAUGCUUGCAUCCCAAAUAAAGCAAGGUAGCAAAGAGUACAGGUGCAAUCUAUCCUUAGAAACGAUGCCGUAUCUUUGGGAACAUAAAAACAAUGGCGUUCCCAUUGUGCCAGGAGCAUUAUACGUUGAACUCGCCUUGGCUUCAGUGACUGCAAGUUUAAAGCCAAAGAAGCCUGCAUCCUUGCUCUGGCUCAGCAUCAAAUUUGAGAAUGUGCUCGCUCUGUCCUCAAACUGUCAUAAGCUGAGAGUGAUAUUUGAAAAUGUGAACAAUGAGACUUCAUUUAAAAUCCAGUCUUCAGUUGCAACACAUGCCUCAGGCACAUACAGGAGUACAGACGGCCAGGGGCUACUGGAAGAACCAAGCGUUUGUCUUGACAUGAUAUUCCAAAGGUGCAAGCAAGUGAUGAGGAGAGAGGAGAUUUAUUCAACCCUUUCUCAAGCAGGAUUUGAAUACGGCCCUGUCUUCAAGCAGCUUGAUGAUGUUUAUUUUGGAGAUGAAUUCAAGGAAGCAGUGACAGCUAUUAAAGUUCCUGAGGAACUUUUAGGACACCUUCAUGAGCAUAGCAUCCACCCUGUUCUGUUGGACUACUUCUUGCAGAUGACCGCUGUGGUGGCUUUUGGCUGUCUAACAGCUAGACAAGGAUUCCCUUCAGCCAUCGAUCGUGUAGCCAUAUCAGGACCUCUGCAAGAAAAAAUGGUGAUGUAUUUGCGAGCCGCUCAACAAGCUCAAGAUUUUCUCGAUGUAUGUGGUUGCUUUUCCAAUCCAGAAGGUCGGGUACUGGUGGAACUUAAGGGGGUGAGGAUAUCCUUUCUGGACAACUGCUCAGAUAUUGUUCAGUCGUGGUUCUUUCAUAAUGCAACUGUUCAAGUUCCAGACAAGACAGACGCACCAAAUCAUCAAAUGAAGGCGAUAGUUUUUGAAGACAAACUUGGCAUUGCUAUAGGACUCCGGCCAUAUGCACACUCAGAGUCAGUGUUUGUGGAGAGCAGACAGAAUUGGACGGCAGACCAAGUUCAAAAUGUAGUUUUCCACUCACUUAGCUCUAGUCUGGAUUUGGAGAAUGUUCUCUUCAUUUGGGGUGUAGAGGAUCUCAGCCACUUGCCAUCUGAGAAGCUGUUGAACAGCUUGGUGACUUGCUGCGAGCAGUUUCGACAGAUUGUCUUGGCCUUGAAGGCGAGCAAACGCUCCUGCUCUGUCAGGGUCAUAACCUAUAGAUCGACAGAAACAAACGUGGACCGCAUCAGCGCAGGCUUCGUGCUGUCUGGUAUGAUAAGGGCGUGUGCCGCAGAGAUUUCAAGUCUCUCUUUUCAGUUGAUCGAUCUUAAUUCGUUGACCACCGAAGACUUUCAAGAACUAGUCAGAGUGAUCAACAUUUGCAAACAGCAGGAGGUCACAAUCAGCGAAGGGCGAGCAUCGACAACAAGAAUAGCGCGAACGCCAUUUAUGGACAGGGCUUUAUGUUUAGAGGUUACACAUUCAGAUUAUCAGAGCGACUUUGUUGUCCAGACAGCAGAUCCUUACAGAAUGGCUCAGUUGUCAGCCUCCCCCUUUGGCAAAAAUAUAAAUCCGUUCCAAGAGAAUUCUGUUGAGAUUCAGCUAACAAAUGUGUGUGUGCAUUCAUCAGAUUACUUUCCUGUCACAACCUCACAUUUGAACUACGGCGAGGCUCUGUACUGGAACAAGCACACAUCGCAAGAUCACAAACUACUGGCUUUGGACUUCAGUGGUGUCGUCACAGCUGUUGGAAAAGACGUUUACGAUCUUAGAGUUGGAGAUCAUAUCGCGUCUUGUUAUCCAGUUGCCGCCACCUCAAAGAUGAUAAUACCUGAAGAUGUGUGCUACGUGAUAAAGAGACUUCCUUUCCUGAAAGAGAUGCCAUGCAUGUCUUACUACAUACUGGCAUGGGGGAUCCUGCAGGGGAUUCUGUCCCGGGCAAAGCAACAGCACAGAAAGCUGGUCAUCAUGUCCUCCGACCCUGCCUCUGCUCUGGUGAAAGUUCUGGCUCUGACAGCAAACAGGUCUGGUUGGAAUGUUUCCUCUGUGUCACAUUUAAAGGGAGAUCCGCGACAUGUUCAUCAAUACCAUGCAUUCGUUUUUCUUCCACCGUUCAAUGAGUCUUGGAAACAGUUAUGUGACAUCACUGGAGAUGUUGUUUUUGUAUGUAGUGAUCAUGUGUCAGCUUCAAUCACAGCAAACGUGUUUGCAUUGAAGAAUGAACAUGUGCAUGUGCAUAAACUCGAUGUGAAGCGUGUCCUUCAGAGAGCUAAUCUGCAAGAACAGAGCAGGAAUAUCUCUAACUGGCUCAUAUCUUUAGGGUUUGAUACCAGGUCACUACCUCUGAAAAGUGAGACUUUCCAGCCAGACCUUCAAAAUGACGCAGACCAGGAAUCUUACUUCACAACAAAGACAGUGAAGCAGAUUGUUCUGAGAACCUCUGAUAGUCCGGUGUCUGAUAUCCCCAUGCGUAUGAGUCCUGGUCAGCUCUUCAACCAAAACUGUGUGUACAUCGUCACUGGAGGGCUCUCUGGUUUAGGACUGGAGACGGUAAAGUUCAUCGCCAGUAAUGGUGGAGGCUGCAUUGUCACGCUAUCAAGAAGAACUCUGACAGAUGAACUGCAGUUUCAAGUGGAAGUCCUUCAAAGAAGACAUGGGGUGAGGAUCAUGAACAUCCAGUGUGAUGUUUCUGUGUCUCUGCAGGUAGAAGAUGCGAUCUCAGAGAUUGAGCAAAGACUCCCAUCACGUCCAAUCAAAGGAGUGUUUCACAGCGCUGCAGUGCUGCACGAUGGGCUGAUUGAAACCCUUGAUCAGUCCCUCUUCUGGAAGGUUCUACAACCCAAAGUGAGUGGGGCUCUAAAUCUCCACUAUGCAACCCUUCACAACAAACUGGAUUUCUUUGUGUGCUACUCCUCCAUCUCUUCCUUCAUCGGCAACGCCUCCCAGUGCAACUAUGCAGCGGCUAAUUCUUUCCUCGACUUGUUCUGUCAUUACCGGAGAAACAUGGGACUUUCUGGACAGUCUAUCAACUGGGGUCCUCUGAAUCUUGGCCUCUUGUUGAACAAAGACCAUUUUCAAAAGUUCCUGGAGGCCAAAGGGAUGAUGAUAAUGGAUGUGUGUGACAUUCAAAAGGCACUUGAAAGGUGUCUCCUCGUUAACAGACCACAACAAGUCAUCUGUAAGUUUAACUUCAGAAAUCUUCACGUUCAUGUUCUUUCCCAGAAUGCAUCUCUCAGAGAGCGGCUGUCAGCUUUGGUGGAAACUGAGCUAAAGGGUGAUGCAUGGAGUGAACUGAAGAUUCAGAGUUUGUCUUCUACACAUGAAAGUGUGAGAAAAAUUGUUAGUGACAUCAGCAAUGUUGGGGUGGAUGGGCUGGAUGCUGACUCAGCUCUGUGUGCUCUGGGUAUCGACUCCAUGUUGGCCAUGACUCUGCAGAAUAAGAUAUUCCAAGAGACAGGAGUGAACGUACCUUUGGUCAGAAUACUGGACCCCAACAGUACACUGGGCACUUUGGAAACUAUUGUAAUGAAUGGUGAAUGA